AUUAGGUUUUGUAUUUGUUUUAUAAUUCCUUUACAAAGUAGAUGACAAUUUUUUAAAGGCCAUCCUGGGGCAUGAAGGUGACGGAAACACAUGUUAGCUGAGAUGCAGUUCAGAACACGAGGUUCCCAGGGGAUGGUCAACCCUCUGCCUGACUUUCCUCCUGUGGUGGGAUUUCUACUUAUUUCUGUUUCUUUUACCCUUGGCCAGGUCAGCGGCAUCCAUCCGGAAUGCCGAUUUCACCUGGAAAUACAGGCGGAGGAAGCAAAAUGUGUGGAGCUUCUGGGGAACCAGGCAGGAGGACACAGAGCCUGCAGCGGCGUCUGGGACAACAUCACGUGCUGGCGGCCGGCGGACCUGGGCGAGAUGGUCACCGUGCCCUGCCCGCAGGUGUUCAGCUCCUUCUACAGCCGCGCAGGGAACAUCAGCAGGAACUGCACGAGCGAGGGGUGGUCGGAGACAUUCCCCGACUUCGUGGACGCCUGCGGCUACCACGACCCUGACGCUGAGGGCAAGGUGACCUUCUACGUUCUGGUGAAGGCCGUGUACACCCUGGGCUACAGCGUCUCCCUCGUUUCGCUCACAGCUGGGAGCAUAAUUCUGUGCCUCUUCAGGAAGCUGCACUGCACCCGGAACUACAUCCACCUGAACCUGUUCCUGUCCUUUGUGCUGAGAGCCAUCUCCGUGCUGGUCAAGGAUGACGUGCUGUACUCAGGCUCCGCCACGCUGCACUGCCCCGACCGGCUGUCCUCCUGGGUGGGGUGCAAGCUGGCCCUGGUGCUCUUCCAGUACUGCGUCAUGGCCAACUUCUACUGGCUGCUGGUGGAGGGGCUGUACCUGCACUCCCUGCUGGUGGCCGCCUUCUCGCCCCGCCGGCGCUUCCUGGCCUACCUCCUCCUCGGGUGGGGCGUCCCCGGCGUCUGCACAGGAGCGUGGGCGGCGGCCAGACUGUCCUUGGACGACACGGGCUGCUGGGACACCAGCGACCACGACCUUCCCUGGUGGGUUAUUCGGACCCCGAUUCUGAUUUCUAUCUUUGUCAAUUUUGUCCUUUUCGUUAGUAUUGUAUGGAUUUUACUGCAGAAGUUGAGGUCCCCAGAUGUUGGGGGCAACGACCAAUCACAAUACAAGAGGCUGGCCAAGUCCACCCUGCUGCUCAUCCCGCUCUUUGGCAUCCACUACGUGGUAUUUGCGGUGUAUCCCACGGGCAUCUCCUUUCGAUAUCAGAUCCUGUUUGAGCUCUGCGGCGGCUCCUUCCAGGGCCUGGUGGUGGCCUUUCUCUACUGCUUCCUCAACAGCGAGGUGCAGAGCGAGCUGAAGAGGAGAUGGCGCAGCACAUGUCCGGGGCGGCUGUCUGGCCGGGACUACCGGCUGCAUGGCUCGUCCAUGUCCCGGAACGGCUCCGAGAGUGCCCUGCAGAGCCACCGGGGCUCCCGCACGCUGUCCUUCUUGCAGACAGAGACCUCAGUCAUCUAGUGCCCACGCCGUCGGGGUCUGGGCACACCUGCCCGGCUGAUGAGGGACCCCGCCCCCC